AUGGGGCCUGGGGUCCGCUACUGGCUGCUCCUGGCCUGUUAUCUGGCCUAUUUGCUGCUGGGGUCUGCUGUGUUCAUGGCCAUUGAGGGUCCCCCUGAGCGCAGGCUCCGGGAACAGCUGCUGGGGCACCUGGUUGCCUUCCAGGCAGACCACCAGGAUUGCCUGUCCCCAGGGAAGCUGGAGGUGCUGCUGGAGGCAGUCCUGCGAGCCCAGGACUAUGGUGUUUCUGCCCUGGGCAAUGCCACUGAGCCCGAGAACUGGGACUUUGCCUCUGCCCUGUUCUUUGCUGUCAGUGUCCUCACCACCACAGGUUAUGGUCACAGGGCCCUGCUCUCUGAUGGUGGGAAGGCCUUCUGUGUGGGCUUUGCAGGCCUGGGCCUGCCCGCGGGUCUUGUGCUGGUGGCGGUCCUGCACCAGCACCUGCUGCGCCCGCUGCGUUGCCUGGUGAGCUGGGUGGCCACCCGCUGUGGCCUGGCCCCUGCCAGGAUUCCCUGGCUCCAGGCUUCACUGCUGAACCUGAUGGUUGGGGCCAUCUUUGUCCUGCUUCCUGCCUUGGUGCUCUGGAGCCAGGAGGACCACUGGAGUCUGCUGGAUGCCUGCUACUUCUGUUUUAUGUCGCUCAGCACUAUAGGGCUGGGGGACUUGGUGCCCGGCCAGGACCGUCACCCUGCCCUCUACUGGCUCUCCCAGCUGGCUGUCAUCUGUUACCUGCUUCUGGGGCUGCUUGCCCUACUGUUAACUCUGGAGACAGUCUCUGAGCUAAAGGAGAUCCAAGCAGUCAUAGGCUUCUUCAGCUACAGCGGCUCCGAGAGCCCAGACGACCAAAGGGGCAUUGUGACUCAAGAUGUUCUGACCCUUAGCAACUGUCCUCCGCCCCCCAGCACCUCCCCUGGAACAGGUCACAACCUCCAGACCUGCCCAACAGAACCUAGGGUGUCCCCAUCCUCCACAGCGAGCGCAGCAAACCAGGCCCCACGGCGGCCUCUGGUGGCCACGCGCGGAAAGGCACAAGUGGGGCAGAGAAGAAGGGGAGUGGAGAGGCAGAUCCUCCGCGGGUGCAGGAAGGCGGAGUGCGGGACGCGGGGGCCAGUGGCUGGGCUGCAGAGGCCUGAUCCAGUCCCGCCCAGUCGCAAGAGCCAGGCAGAUCGGGAUAGAGGGGAGGCCCCCCUGCUGAGUUCUGACCCAGUCCAGCCUAGCUGCAAGAGCCAGGCAGAUCGGGAGGGAGGGGAGACCCCCCUGGCCCACCCAGCUGGACGGGUGGUGGCAGGGGAUCCCCAGGGCUGA